CGCGGCGCGUGUCGCACCCAAUGGAGUCCGGAGGAUUUUGCCUCAUUAGAGACGAGGUGGCGCCGAUACUCCCCGGCUCCCUGACUUGGCCCCGGAGGGAAGGGGAGGGGAGGGGAGCCGCCCUGGCGGGACCCGGACUCCGCGGGGGCGGCAGGUGGAGGAGAAAACCCGACGCAGGACUAGAGUCGGAGCCGCUGCCGGAGCGAGGAGAUGAUACAUAGAAAUGAAUCCUGUACUUCAGGGCAGGUACCUAUGAGCUACUUAUGCUGCCUGAUUUACAUAUUGGAAGAAUGGACUGGUGUGGAGUACCUUGAGGACUAUCUGAAUUAUGUGGCCUACCUUUUAUGGGUGUUUACUCCACUCAUAAUAGUUUUUAUACUUCCUGGACUUAUCCUCCUCCUCCUCUACAUUUCCAUUAUUUUUCUUUAUGUUUAUAAGAGGAAGAAUGAACUAAAAGAGGCUUAUUCCAAUGAUAUCUGGGAUGGUGCAAGGCAAAUGGUGGCAACUUUAUGGGAUGGACAUGCAAGAAUAUGGCACGGUUAUGAGGUUCAUGGUCUGGAAAAACUACCAGAAGGACCUGGGCUUGUUGUUUUUUACCAUGGCGCAACUCCUAUAGACUAUUUCUACUUCUUGGCUAAACUCCUUAUACUGAAGAACAGAAUGUGCUAUACGGUAGCUGAUCACUUUGUCUUUAAAUUACCAGGUUUUAAACUUUUACUUGAUGUGUUUGGUGUUAUGCAUGGACCAAAGGAAGAAUGUGUUAAAGCUCUGAAGAAUGGCCACUUGGUGGCUAUCUCGCCAGGUGGAGUUAGAGAAGCACUCUUUAGUGAUGAAACCUAUGUUCUUGUAUGGGGUAAUCGUACGGGCUUUGCUCAGGUGGCCAUUGAUGCAAAAGUGCCCAUCAUUCCUAUGUUCACACAAAAUGUUCGGGAAGGAAUUAGGACAUUAGGAGGAAUAAGAUUAUUUAGGUUGAUCUAUGAACGUCUUCGAUUACCACUCGUUCCUAUAUACGGAGAGUUUCCAGUCAAAUUUCGUACAUACAUUGGAGAUCCUAUUCCAUAUGAUCCAAAUAUAAAUGCUGCAGAACUGUCUGGAAAGGCAAAGGCUGCAAUCCAGUCUUUAAUAGACAGACAUCAGAAAAUACCAGGAAAUGUAUUUAGGGCUUUAAUGGAACGAUUUGAGACGACACAGAAAGAAGACUAGUUUUUGGUGCAUAACAAACUACACAUUUACUUGUAAUAUUUUCAAAACUGUUUGUAACUUAUAUUAUCCUCAAAAUUGAUUAUUACAUGCAUUGUCUUAAUGAUAUUUCUUUUUUAAUGCAGAUGUUUUCUGUAUAGUUUAACAAGAGCUGUGAGCAAUGAUUCCCCCCCCCCCCCCCCCUUCAGUGACCACUAUCAAACUUGAGCCCAAACUUGCAGUUUUACUCAGGUGAAAAUGACAUUUGAGGCUUCCAUAUUCAUGGUCUUUUGAUAAUUUCCAUCUCAAAUUUGCAGGUUAAAAAAAAAAGUUUUGUCUAACUGCCAAGCCUGCAAACUCAUGGCAGAUUCUGACAUACAAGCCAGAUUCUUUCUAUCUAAACCAACUGCGCCAGUUUCUCCUCCCUUGGUUUUCACACCUCAACUGCUAGAACAGGGCCUCAUCCUCCCUGAUUGAUCUAACCAGUAAUAGAGGUUCUUCCAACUAAAUAAAGCCCUGAACUACACCUGUGAAAACCUAUUUUCUUUACAUUCAAAGGUGUUGGCAUAGUCUGGUGUAACUAGUCACCUAGCUUUACAUGCGGAACCUGUAGUCCUGGUGGUAAUGCUUCAGCUGGAAGGUAUCCAGCUUUAUUGUUGGAGCCCAGAAAGAGUUUGUAGGGCUGGAGCUUUAUUAGAAGAAAAAAAAAAAAACACCCUCCUUCCUCCCCCCAAGAAACUGAGCAAACUUCUUACAGAAACCAGUAAGACACAAUACAUAUGGAAUCCCAUAAUGCUAUUUUGAUGAAGUCAUUUUUCAGGGUAAAACCACAUGGUUUUUUUUUUUUUGUCCCUGACUAAAGACAGUAGCCCCAUAAAUCUGCGAAGAGAGAACCAGAUUUUCUGGCACAGUGAACUGAAUGCCUAAUGUUUCAGAAAGAAGGCAUGAGUAAUAUUCAAAACUGCAACAGUCAGAAUUUUUAAUUAUAUUACAAAAUAGAAUGCAAUGUGUAAUGUUUUUUUCAAAGUUUCACCAUAUUCAGCAGUAUAAACCGGCUUUAUAAUGUACCUCACUAUUUUUGUAAAAAAGAUAUAUAAAUUUUUUUUACACAUCAGAACUACUAAAAUAUGACUUGCCCUCAAUUAUGCAGUCUUCACUCAUAUAAUACCCUCACUGAAGUGAGUGGGGGGGGGGGUUGCCUGAAGAAGGAGUUGCAGGUUUGGGCUAGUUUUGUUCAUUGACAAUAAACUGAAUUUAUAUUUUAACUGAAUCACUGACUAAUGCAUGAAUUGUCUGAAUAGCAAAAAUACCUUAAAUAUUUCCUGUAGAUAAGUACUCAGACUGUCAGUGAAUGUAAAAUUAAUGUCUGGGAGUGUUCUUUAAUUGUAGGAGGCCAUCAUCUCCUGGUAGGCCUUUUUAAAAACAAAACACUUUUAAAGAGACAAAGAGCGAAUCUUUUUCACUUAACUGUUACAGUUUGGUUAAUUCCUGCAAACACUUAUAUGGACAUGCCUUACUUUACACACAACUUAGUCACAUUGAUUUAAAUGGGAUGUAUGUGCAUAUGUUUGCAGGAUCAGGGUUUUAUAUUCAGUGUAGAGUCAUUGUAUGGGGGGAACAAAUGUCUGUACAUUAUAAGAUCUGCAGAAACAGUUCAUCUCUGUGUACACUGUAGUGUUCUGUUUGAUUUUAAACGUUUAGUUAAAAUGUUUAAGCUUGAAAAAAAUCAUGUUGUGAAAACAAAUGCCCUUUCCACAGUCUUUGUUGAUUUGUGAUCUACUUGAAAACUUAAGGGGAUGCUAUCAUGAUCUAAGAAUAACUUUAAUUUAUUGUUCUGUUUCAUGCAUUAGACCAUUAAAACUGAGAAUUUUUACUAAAACUUAUUUUUGUGUAAGUUAGAUACUUUAUUUUUGCAUUUUUCUCAAGGUGGACAAUGAAAACAGAUUAGCUAAUUUGUAGAUACCUUUCAGGAUGCACUAGGGCAGUGCUGCACUGUUGGAGUAGCACACAUUAUAGGGGAACACUUAAUUCUUUUUUCAUGGGAAUUAAAUGAGAGAGAGAGAGAGAGAGAGACCUAUUAUGUUGAUCUUAGAUUUUGAAAAACUUGCUUUUACUUCACAUGGGGCCAAAUUUCACCUGACUUUGUCCCUUUAAUUUAAGAAGUAUUGAAACCUAAGUAUCAAAUCAAAUGCAGUAUCCGUACUUUUUAGAUAUUAAAUACACUUUUUGUUUGUAUAGGCUUUUCAUAUUUAAUUCUCUAUUUGUGAUAUGUACUGUAUAAACAUACCGUACAGACAAAUAAAAUUGAAAUUACAAUUGGA